UCGCCGUUUGCGCUCCGCAGUGCCGAUAGUGACGCAUGCUCCAUUUUGACAAAUUCGACGCGUGGGUGACCAUCGAUGGGCAGGAGACGGUCGAGUACGGCGUCGAGACCGCCGCCGACGAGAAGAAGGUCACCUGCUGGAUCGCAUCGCAAUUAGGCAAGACGUUCGCGGUCCACGUGAGAAGCACCGCGCAUCCGGGGGUCAUCGCGGUGUACACCAGGAUGGACGGGAAAGAAGUUGUCGGGCGGGUCCUGUACUGCGGGCUGCAAACACCUUCGACGGUGAGCAUAGAUGGGGCGUUGGGAGAAAAUGACACGAGGCCGUUCAUGUUCUCAUCCCUCGAGCUCUCCGACGACGAUCGUCUCUUGGGGCAGUCGUCCGUGUCUCAGGAUCUUGGCCGCAUCGACGUUCAGCUCGUCCCUGUCCUCAUCGCCUCGCGUUCAGCUCCCCCCCAGUCGUACCCCUCGCUCGAAACACUCAAGAUCCACGAACGGUCGAAAAAGGCAGUCACGCAGCAAGUCUCACUGGGACAGUCUACAGCUCUACCCUCACCGUGCCGAUUUGCCGCUGUGCAGCGCCUCGGAGCGGAUCUGGUCAACUUCUCGUUCCGGUACCGGCCCCUCGACGUCUUGCGCGCCAACGACAUCGCGCCGCCAGCAGCUAGACCCCCGUUCCCUCCGGCGCGCGAGGUGAAACCUCUCCGAGAUACGAACUCUGUCGAGGUGAAGGCUGAGAAGAAGAUGAAAGUCAAGCGUGGCGCGGGCGACGUGAUCGAUCUCACAGUCGACGAUGCUCCGCCGAGGAAGA